AUGGCAAAAGAAGGCCUGUCAUCUGCCGAAAUCUCUGCACGAAUAUCACACGAAAGUGGGGGAGCAAGAGGAUGUUCUACAAGAAAUGUGAGGAGAUUCUGCACUGAAAAUGGCUUAAGUUUAAUGGGACUCCCCGACACACAUUUGGAGUUAGAAGUGGCAAAAGCUAUAACAGAGAUGGGACCUACAUAUGGAAGAAGGAUGUUAAAGGGGUAUCUCGCUAUGAAAGGAGUGCAUGCUGCUGAGACAAGAAUUGGAUCAGUGCUCAAACCUAUGCAUCAGCCUUACCAUGAAGCAAGACGUCAGCGUGCCCGCAACCUCAACCCAAUACCAUAUCAAGCUGAUUUCAUGGGUCACAAGGUCCACAUGGACCAAAAUGAAAAACUGGCUAUGUUCGGGGUCACCCAUGUUUUAGCCAUUGAUGGCUUCAGCAAAAAGAUUGUUGCUCAUUCUACAAUGCCAAUAAAAAACAACCUUGCAAUCUAUCAAGAUGUUUUCAGGCCUGCAGUACUUGCCUACGGUAUGUGGGACCAGGUGCGAGUAGAUCAUGGAAAGGAGUUUUAUUUGACCCUCUUCAUGCAGGAGCUGCUGGCAUCACAUCGCCAUAAUCAGGAGAUAAGGCCUUAUUUACAGACUUCAUCCACAAGGAAUCAUAUAGUUGAACGAAUCUGGCCUGAAGUCAACAACCGUGUCAACUAUCCACUGAAGACAGCGCUUCUGCAGUUGGUGGAUCAAGAGGAAAUAGACAUGAAUGACAGCCUUGUGAAAUACUGCGUGUCCAACCUGACUGGUCAGUUGUGCCAGAUUGCUGAUCUGCAGCUGCUCCGCAGUCGGUGGAAAUCCGGGGUUACAAAGCUGGUGAAGUCAUGGAACGCACACAUAAUUCCAGGUAAAGGUACACCAAAUGACUUGGCUGGCCACGGGUGUCCCAAAAAAAUCCCACAGGAGCUGUUGCCUCAUUCAAUGGAAGCAGCAGACCUUUACAGCCAACAGCUGGGAUCUUCACUGACCAGACAUUCAAUUUUUGGAGUUGAUCCAUUUUCAACUGAACAGGACAAACUUGCAGCUGAGAAUCAGUUUGCCGAGCAAUAUUCUGAUAUUUCAGACUUGUUCUCUAGAGCAGUGAACAAUGACCUGGCUCCUUACAAACAGGCACUGCUCUAUCUGAUAACAACAACUCAGCGCAAUACCAUUAACUUCAAAUAUGCUGUUGCCUGUGGUGUUCCCUCUACAUUUUGCACAGUGUCACGGCCCGAGCGGACCACAAACUACGUGAGUCACGCUCCUACAAAAGUUCCACCUCGAGGAGGUCCCCGAAGCACCCCAAUGACCAAGCAGACAAGAGAUAAGGGGAACUACGGGCCAGGGGGCGUUGGAGGGAGAGGAGCCUGGUUCCAGGGGAUCCAGGAAAGGACAGGCAAGGGCCGGGCGGAGCUCCUUCGACCUCGGCCCACCUCCUGUAAAGGAAGACUUCCCGGGGCUCCUCGGUUCCUCCUGAGGGACGCAAGUUUUCGGCUUGGCGUUGGAAGAGGUUUUCGGCUUGGCGUUGGAGGAGUCGAGGACACCCCUACACCACUCUAUGCAAUGCGGCGCAACACAGGGGCGGGGCCUCUCCAGUCGCUGGGGUCGCGACGACACCUUGCUAUCGGUGAAUCCACCUAA